AUGAUAUUUCCUAUGAUAUACAAGGGUCUCUUGGACACGUAUGGUUGGAGAGGCACGUAUAUUCUGCUGGCUGCUAUAAAUUCACAUAAUGUACUAUAUGCUAUAUUGCUAAGACCGAUAAAGAAACAGAGCAUUCAGUCAAUCAGAGACAUUGGUACAUCAAAUGCAAGAAACACAUCACCCACUAAUACCUUUAUGAAGAGACAGUUGCAGUCCUCGGGAUUUAAUCUUAUUUGUGACAACAGAUUUUUUGGUUUGAACAGUUUUGCUGCCUUCCUUGGAAAUUUUGCUUACGUAGUGGCUUUGUUAUUGUUCGUGCAUUGUGUUAUUGACAAAGGAUUGAGUCAAAUACAAGCAGCAGUAUUAGGGACAAUUAUUGGAUUAUCAGGACUGAUCUCACGGGUUAUAAACGGAUUUGUCAGCUGUCUACGUAUUAUUGACGACAGAUAUAUACUAGUAUUUAUGAUGUUUGUUCGGGGAAUAUCAUUCAUGCUUGUACCAUUGGCUGUGACGUUCCGUGAUUUGGCUAUAUUGGCUGCCGUAAUUGGAGCAAUAUUUGAUGAGACUGGUAAUUAUGACGUAGUCUUCUACUUAAAUGGCGGUACAUCUAUUAUAAGUGCAGUUUUACAUCUGAUGGUUGGACUGGUUUUAAGGACCUAUGAAAUAAAGCGCAAGGCAGCUACGCCUCGCUGUGACGAUAAUCCCCCAGAAUAUUUGAGUUUGACGGAAUGUGCUAGUAAACACAUGCAAGACGCUGGGUGCCAGACUGGCUACUGA